CGUGUUUCUUCCUACCUCAGCUGGGCCCAACCCGAGCGAGUGUGUUGCCACCCACUGGCUCCUCCCCUCCCCUCGGCAUGGAGGAUCGGGGGGGCGGUUGGGAAGAGCAGCAGAAGCCGUACGGGGAAGAAGGCGACCGAGGCGAGGAGACGGCUGCGGCAACCGCAGAAGACGCAAAGGCAGCGGCUGCCGUUGGCGAAACGCAGCCAGAAAGCAACGAAAAGGCGGCGGAGCUGGAGGUGAAAGCGGCGGUGAAGCUUGAUUCGGACUGGAUCUUCAUCGACAUGGAGACGGUCUCGCUGCACGAUCUGCCCCAUGCGCUGAUCGCCUGUAACCUGCCGCUGGCCGUCUUCUUCGCCGAUGGCCCCUGCAGGGGCAGAUUUGAAGCUCUGUUUAGAACAUAUGACAAAGAUGUCACCUUUCAUUAUUUCAAGAGUUUUAAAAGAAUAAGGUUGAACUUCAGCAAUCCUUUAUCAGCAGCUGAAGUUAAGAUUCGGUUACACAAGACAGAAUUUCUUGGAAAGGAAAUUAAACUAUAUUUUGCUCAGAGAUUGCAUAUUGGAAGUACACACUUAGCACCACCUGAUCCAGAGAAACAAUUCCUGAUUUCUCCUCCAUCUUCUCCUCCUGUUGGUUGGGAACAAGCAGAUGAUGCUACACCUGCUAUUAAUUAUGAUCUUUUAUAUGCAAUUUCCAAAUUAGGACCAGGGGCUCAGUAUGAACUUCAUGCUGCAACUGAAACUACUCCUAGCGUGGUGGUCCAUGUGUGUGAAAGCAAUGAGGAACUUCAGUCAGAAGAAACAAUGAAAGUAGUCAAGAAACCAAAGCCAAAAAUUAUUAAAACUAGACGGCCAGACUAUUCUCCAACUAAUCAAAGCUGAAGUAUAUAAAGUUCUCAGUUCCAAACUGACAUGCUCAAGGAGACUUUGAAGAGAUAGCAGGUCACACUUUGAUGACGCUAGAGGUGGACGCAGAAAUUGUUAUGUAAAGAUCCUUUUCAGAAAGGGAAGUUAUCAUUUGCUAGUUGAAUGAGACAGAUUCCUGUAUGAACUUUCUGAAUGGUUGUCUUGGAGAAUAAUCAAACUGGGGCAUUGGGAGCAGAAGUUUAUACUUUGAAUUUAGGGAAUUACUCAGAUACUCCAGAUAUCUGAAAUUAGCACGAUGCCUUCCCUGUUAAUGUAUUCAUUAUGUGAUAAAUUCCUCUAAUUCAUGAGACAAUUAUAUUGUAUUUCUAAAAUACAGUCACUAGUGAACACAUUGGAAUCAAUGAGUCAUAUAAAUAAGUGUAUUAGGAAUUUCAGCUGGGGUAAAGCAUCUGAAAAUAUAGCAAAAUGUUUUAAACAUGAAGUAACAAAUUGUUAGUCAUUUUCCAUAUUGGAUUUUUGUGCAUGCAUAUAGACCUAAAAAAGUAAACUUGUUCAAUUUGAUCUGUACUUUUAAUUUAUGUUAAAAAAUUAUCUCAAAUAUUCAGCUUUCUUUCUGAAUUGUUUGGUUUUUUAGUAGGGACAGACUUUUAGUGUAACACCCUUAAGCUUAGUGAAAUAAUGUUUCUUAAUGUUAAUUGGCAAAUGUAUGGUUUUGUAUGAAAUGUAUAAAAUGUCUGUGCAUACUUUCAAUGGAUGAAUUGCUUUAAAUUAUUCUAAAAACAAUUAUUUAUAUUGGUUUAAGUUACCUUGACUUCUUUAUUGACUAGAAGUAAAAGGAAUUGCAAAUACUGUUACAGUUUGCUCAACAGUUGAGAGGAUAUAAGCUUGUAUUGUCCUAGUCACACAUGUAUACAUUUAUAAUUGUUGUUGUUAAGUGUUGUUAAAGUUAUUUGAGUAUAUUUACCUUGUUAAGAAACAUGAAUUCUGGCAUUUGAGAAGAUAUAGUGCCUUUUUUCUCCUCAUGAAUUUCAAAAGAGAUUGUUGCAACAAUUGAAUGCUUAUUUCAUUCCCAUCCCCACUCCAGUGGCAGUAACUGUUUGAUAGAAAUAUAUUCUGCUUAAAUAUCAUCAACUAAAUCAGAGAUUUUCAAACUUUCUUGACUCAUAGGGCCAUUAGCAUUUCAGUAAUUUUUUCAUGGCAGCUCCAUAGACGACAGGAAAUGUUUUAACAAUUUCAUUUAUUAAAUAGGUUCAAACAGUAAGAUUUUAUGUCCUAACAACUUAAUAAUCAUUUGAAAAAAAAUACACAUAAAUUCCAAGGGUUUUUAAAAUUAUUCUUAAAUAACCACAAUUAAUUAGUGUGUGUUAAUUAAUACACAAUUAAUACACAAUUAAUUAGUGUAUGUUUGGGCACACAACUUCUCAAAUCUUGGAAUCAGAUUGGACACCUCCACUCUCAUUUCCUAUUCUAUAUUGAUUUUCACACAAUAACUGCUUUUUUCAUAGCAAAUGCCAAAAAAAAAUAGCUUCACAAAGAUUGGAUGUUGCAAACCCCAACUUUGCAAAUAAAUGGAGCAAAAAUUUAAAAUAUUGCAUGAUGCUCCUCUGAGUUUGUUAAUUGCACACAGCUUGGGAACUGUUGAACUAAACUAUAAUUCCAAGUCCUACAUUCAAAGUCACAGUGCUUUUCCUUAAUACAGUACAUUGUGGUAUACUUUACUCCUUGUUACUUACCUACUUACUUACUUACUUACUUACUUACUUACUUACUUACUUACUUACUUUAUUAGGGCUGUGCAAAUUACAGAAAUGAUUCAAACCUAUGCCAUUAUAGCAUCUUUCUGCUGGUUUUUUUUUUUAAAGUAACUCACUUUAUUUAAUUCUUGCAUGUGAGCCUAAAAAGCAAUGUGGCUGCUUUAAGAAUCACAUUAUUGUUGCUAAAUCAAUCCUUUAAAAUAGCCAUUUUGUUGCAGGUCUCUACAGAAGCCUGAAAAAAAGAUUGUUUUUCUGAAUAGUAGAUGCAGACUUUGUACAAAAUCUGAAAUAUUUCUUCCAAAUUAUUAUUGAAGUUUGCACUUUAGACCAAUUAGCUAUCACUGAAAGCCAAACUAUUUUUGUACCAUAUUGUCAAAAAACCCUCAACUGCCAAGUGGCAUCACAUUGUAAAUGUUUCUAGGUUCCUUUGAGAAUCAAUUCUCAAGUGGAUUUAAAAAGCCUUAAAAAAACACAUUUUACAAUCUCCUGAUUAGGAAAAAGUGUUUUUUCAGCCUUUUUAUUUUCAGGCUGCUGAUAUUUUUUUUAAAAAUUCCGGGUUAGGUUUUGUUGUUUUGUUUUGUUUUGUUUAUAGAUGUCAAUAGGAGACAUGUUGAAAAGAAGCUAUUCUUUAGUUACAAAAAAUGAUAUGAGGGUUUUCCACUGUAAGUUUUUAUACCCACAAAUAGCCAAUCUCUAAUAAAUAGCUUUAUAACAUCAGCUGUACAGAAUGGCUUAUAUUUUAAUAAUCUAGUUUUGCCCUAUGUACUUGAUAAAUCUUUGUUAAAUGUAUGCUGAAAGCUCUGAGAACUAGAAGAUAUCAAUUGUUCAUAUUUCACCAAAAUGUUAAACAUGCUAAGUGUACUGUAUAUAUUGAUCAGAAUGUGGAACUUCACAUCUCUGUGCCUGAAUUUACCCAUUCAGAGUAAGGCAUCUGUAAUGGUGCAGGAUAUGGAACUCUUGAAUAGGUAUACUCCAGUGCUUUGCUUCUGUUUUGUGUAACUUAAUUGAUUAAAAAAUUAUGGAGAGA